AUGGAGGACUCGGAGCCUGCAGAGGACGGCUUGUUGGCGGGCUUGCGUUGGAACCGGAGCGCACGGGACCAGGCUCAGCUCAAGCACAAAAUCCGAGAUCUACCGGGGCUACUGAAGCACGGACUGCACCUGAGGAAGAAGAGCCAAUCACCAGACACUAUCCCUGGCCCGAGCACUGGACCUGCAGUACAGAAGUCUUGCUCCCAGAGUUUUCCAUGUGCUGCUCGGGCUGUGAGGAAUGCCUUCCUCUCUCAUGGACCAUACCCAGCUAAAGACAAGAUACACCUGGCCAGAAUCAUACGACGCAGCUAUGUGGGCGUGGAGCUGGUGCAGUGGCUGUGUGAACAGUGUGUGUACGUGCGCUGUCGGACUACUGCUGUGCGUGUAUGGCAGGUGCUGCUGGAGCUGGGAGUCCUGCUGUCUGUGGACCAGCGGGUGGUGUUUUCAGACUCAAAUUCCUACUACCAGUUCAGCUUUGAGGAGUGUGACUCCGCGUCCUGUGAGUUUCGCUCCAAUGAGGGGGAGUGGGCAGAGGCUGUUAGGCUCCUCUUACAACUUGCUCCAUAUGUCCAGUUCCGCUCUGGAGGCGGAGCCAACAGCCCGUCAGAGGAGGACUCUGAAGGCAACAGAGACAUCUGCGGUGAGAUUCUCCAGAUGAAAGCUCUCGAAAGGCUCACUUCUACGGUACAAAGUGAGUUGGCUGCUGCUCUUGCCCGAAAGACACGCAAAGCUUUAUCAGAGCAGGACUCUGAGACAACGGAGACGAGCCACCAGGAGCCUCGCACUCCCAGUGAAGAGAGCAGCCCGAAAAGGAAAAUAAACAGACCAGGCUACCCGCUGCCGUUGGUGAUAACCAUCAUACUACUGGGCGGGGUGUGUGCGUUGCGGGACGGCGGUGGCGGCGGAGGAGGAAUGGGGACUGUGUGCGGCCGUGAGGAACUGACCAGUCGGCUGGGGCUGGAGGCCGUGCAGCGUCUGGCGAAGGAUGGCUGUCGGCUGCUGCAGAACCACAACUACAGGCUACCUGACAGGAAUCAGGCAACCGGUGAUGCGUUGGGGAGGGUUUGCCUGAAGGAGAGAGGACGGGACGUGUUGGUGUUGCAAAGAGUGACAUCAUCAGUGACGUCACCAUCAGAACGGCCCUCACCCACAUCCUCAGGGGGCGGGUCCAGAGAGGAGGAUUGCGACAAGAGGUAUGUGGUGGUGUCGGGAACGCCACUCAAGAUCUUGGAGCACCUGCUAAGUGACCUGCGGUUGGACGACCAAAGAGGGGCGCCAGAGAGCAGGGAGAGUGAAAUGCUGCUGGAUGACUUCCUGUUGACCUACCUUGUGUUCAUGUCCACCCACGACCUUUGUCAGGCUCUGCUGGGACACUAUAGCAGCACCCGCUGCAGGGGCCAGGAUGAGGGUAAGGAUGCCCUCUUCAGGAAGCGUAAAGUACUGCAGCUGGUCUCCCACUGGAGCAGGCUCUACAAGGACUUCCUCAAGGAAGAGGAGCAUGUCAGGAGCUUCAUGAAGACUCUCUAUAGGUGUGUGUUGGAGGAUCUGUAUGAGUUCCCUACUCUGGAGAAAGACCUGAAGGAGUUUCAGAAGCUUCUACGUCGCAGACACACAGUGGAUGACUGCCCUCCAAACCAAAAGAGUAAACAAAUGUAUCAGCAGCUGAGUUUGAAGGAGAACUUUUUGCAACUCAGAAAUCCGCAGUCUGAGACUAGAGAGGUUAUUUGUUGCGUAUACGUGAGCGCCGAUUCCUACCUGAGUGUCCACACACACCCCUCAUUGGAGGCUCAUGAGCUGCUAAGGAUUGUUGGUCUGAAGAUGGACAAAGCAGAGGAAGACAUGGUGCUUGCUGUAGUCUCGCAAACCGGAGAGCGGAGGGUGCUACAGCCCAGUGACUGUGUGUAUUCAGAGUCUCUGACCCCACAGGGGAAGCUUGUAGCCUGUCGCAGGGACCUCACAGAGAUCUUGCCUCCUUUAACAGACAGUGCUGAGCUAAGCAAGAGGCCAGUGCGGCUUUUAGGAAUCAACACCUGGGACGUGGCAGCUGCUCUCACACACCUUGACUGGAGCCUAUUCAAAUCCAUCCAUGAGCAGGAGCUGGUGUACUACACUCUCAGACGUGCUCCUGGCACCGCCCACACGGCGGCGCUCUCAGUCCUCCUUCAGCGUUGUAACGAGGUGCAACAGUGGGUCAUGUCUGAGGUGCUCAUGUGUGUAUCACUAAACAAGAGAGUGCAGCUGCUCAAGAAGUUUAUCAAGAUUGCAGCUCAUUGCAAAGCCCAAAGGAAUUUGAACUCUGCAUUUGCCAUCAUCAUGGGUCUGAACACUGCAGCUGUGAGUCGACUCAACCAAACCUGGGAGAAAUGUCCAGGGAAGUUCAAGAAGCUCUUUUCAGAGUUGGAGCUCAUCACGGAUCCAUCUCUUAACCACAAAGCCUAUAGAGAAGCCUUCAAGAGAAUGAAACCUCCUAAGAUCCCAUUCAUGCCUCUUCUUCUGAAAGAUAUUACCUUUAUCCAUGAGGGAAACAAGACCUUUCAUGACAACUUGGUCAACUUUGAGAAGCUGCAUAUGAUCGCAGACACAGUUCGAAUGAUCCGCCACUGCCAAAGUGACCAACCAGGCAGCGAAGUAAUAGGGGUCGACAGUGCGGAUGUGAGGGCGAGCGUUCACUACCUGCACAUUAUCGACAAUCAGCAGACGCUUUUCGAACUGUCACACAAACUGGAACCACGUGCUUGA